ACGGAAUUUGGAUCAUGCCAUCUCUUUGGAUUUUUCCUGCAGUGUAGCUUUUCUUACUAGCCAUUGUCGCCGCCGUGCCGGAGAUUCACCGGACCCCCCCUUCUUCCGUUUAUAUCAUGGGUCAAAGACGAGACGUGGUAAAAUCGCCUAAAUUAGCAAAUCCCUUAUUUGUGGGAUUAAGCUCGUGGACUAGCAAGUCAACUGAGUGGAGCAGUGUGUUUUCGUGGCGAUUUGGUCUGAGAAAUGUCCCCAAAUGGAUGCAUUCGUUGCCGGUAGAUCCACGGCGGCAUUCCGAUAAACAGGAUCAUCUUCGGCCUCUAACCAUUUUUGCUGGGCUGAUCUUUUUUGCAACUGGGUACGGUGCGUUAAUGGCGUUUUUGGUGCUGUUCAUAUGGGCAAUUACGAGGAAUAGAAAUGCCAUCUUUGGAGCCAAGCCCCAAAGUUCGGAUUUUCAGUACGAAAGGGUUAGCGUAGUUGUAGCGGAGGGAUUCAAAGAUGUUACCACGAGAGGAUGAAGGUUUUUGGGAGAUUGUUAUCCAGCUCAUGGAACGGAAGGUGCUCCUGCCUGCAGCUAUCCAAAAAUUAGCUGCAUAGAUUCAUUCUAG